AUGUCGGACAAGGAACAAAUGAGCGGAAACACCGAUUUGGAAAAUGCUCCAACCGGGUUCUACAGCUCUCACGAAGAAGGUGCUCCUGGCGGCGUGGAGGAUGAACGUCCAUCUCACGAUUCAUUGGGCAAGAUUUACACAGGGGGUGACGACAACGAAUAUAUCUAUAUUGGGCGCCAAAAGUUUUUGAAGACUGACCUGUAUGAAGCCUUUGGUGGUACUUUGAACCCUGGUUUGGCUCCUCCUUCAGUUCAUAAAUUUGCCAAUCCUGCUCCCUUGGGUCUUUCUGCGUUCGCUUUGACUACUUUUGUGCUAUCAAUGUUCAACGCGAGAGCUCAAGGCAUCACUGUCCCCAACGUUGUCGUUGGUCUUGCCAUGUUUUACGGUGGUCUAGUGCAACUUAUUGCUGGUAUUUGGGAAAUCGCCUUGGAGAACACUUUUGGUGGUACCGCGCUAUGUUCCUUUGGCGGGUUCUGGUUAAGUUUUGCUGCUAUUUACAUCCCUUGGUUCGGUAUCCUGGACGCUUAUAAAGAUAGUGCUGAUGACUUGAAUAAUGCAUUAGGAUUUUAUUUACUGGGAUGGUGUAUUUUCACUUUCGGUUUGGCUGUCUGUACUAUGAAAUCCACUAUCAUGUUCUUUGCGUUGUUCUUCUUAUUGGCGGUUACCUUUUUGUUGCUGUCUAUUGGUCACUUUGUCGGUAAAGUCGGUGUAACAAGGGCCGGUGGUGUACUUGGAGUUAUCGUCGCCUUCAUCGCUUGGUAUAAUGCAUAUGCAGGUGUGGCUACAAAGCAGAACUCAUAUGUACUAGCUCGCCCAAUUCCAUUGCCAUCCACUGAAAGAGUGAUAUUCUAA